CGGUCGAGUAGCUCUGCAGAGACAAUUUUUCAUGCAUUUAACGUGUGGGUAUGUUAUGGUUUUCAGGGCUCAACUAUCACAAAAAGUGUGCAUUAUACAAUGUAGACUAACACAUUAUUGCAUUGAAAGGAAUAAAGCAUUUCGGCCGUUUGCAGGGUAUUACCCCAGGCACCGAAGUCGACUGUUCUUGCCCUCCAAUGACGCGUGGCGCACGCUGCGGGUCUUCAAUUAGUUUGCAUAAUGUGGGCGAGAGUGUGUUACAAAACGCGAAUCUAAAAGUGAAGGCUGACUUGUCUACAAAGCCGUAUGGUUUCAGAAUACACAUUUUGAGUUGAAAGUGCGUCACGUUUUGUAACUAGUACUGUGCCGGCAUUUUCGAACACACUGCAAUAGAAAUUAUCGCGAGCAUCAAAAUGCACUACGAGGACAUCUUGAUACAUGUUGGGCAUUUCGGCAAGUACCAAAAACUAGUCGUUCUGGCCUUGUGCAUGAUACAACUUCCAACGGCGUGUCAGUUCAUAGCUCAAGUGUUUCUGGCGGCCGACACCGAUCAUUGGUGCCUGAUCCCGGUGAGCGAGGCAGUCAACUGCAGCCGAUUCCAGGUCAACUCUGACUCCGCCUGUCAGGAAGCGCAGAAAAACGAGAGCAUCCCGUACAAACUCGACUCCGACGGCAACUCAGUCCUCUCCUCAUGUGAACGGUAUGUGACUGCCGAAGACGAUGGCGAAGGAGGUCGGAAUGCCACGGAUAUCAUCGCCUGUGAUGCUGGGUGGGAUUUUGACCGAUCACGCUAUAAAGCCACUAUCAACGAGGAUUUCAGCCUGGUGUGUGAGCGGAAAGCUUUCGCUGGAGUUGCCCAGUCAGUGUGGUUCGCAGGUUUACUAGCAGGUUCCUUUGUGUGGGGAUCGGUAGGCGACUGGGUUGGCCGAAAGGCAGCUUUCUUCCUGAGUCUGUCUCUCGUCACCAUUUCAUCCAUCGUGACAAGUUUUGUACCCAACUUUGCGGCUUACACCUCUAUGCGGUUUAUCACUGCAGCUUGCGGCUAUGGAGCCAGCCUGAUCCCAAUCAUUGUUUCAACGGAGAUAGUUGGGCCCGAGAAACGUGUUUUGGUUGGUACCCUGCACGCGAUCUUCUUCGCGUUGGGAUACAUUCUCUUAUCCUUCGCUGCUUUCUUGUUGCGAGAAUGGCGCUAUCUACAGUUGGCAAUAUCACUUCCUUAUGUCGCUGCGUUUCUCCUUAUCAUAGUCUUUCCUGAGUCACCGCGUUGGCUCAUAUCCAAGAGCAAGUUCAAGGAAGCCAAGAGGGUAAUCGGUAAAAUCGCUAAAGUCAACGGCACAACACUUCCCGAGAACUUAUUUGAUGAGGGGCCUCAAACUACCAAUCUGCAGGGAAAGGAGGUUCAGUUUGAUAGAUCACGACGCGGGACGCACUUGGAUCUCGUCCGAACUCCCAACAUCCGGAAGAAAACAUUAAUAAUAUUCUUUGAUUGGUUUGUAGCCGUUAUGGCGUAUUACGGGUUGUCUCUGAGUACUUCAGCCCUCGGUGUCGAUGACUACAUCGCUGCCUUCGUGUCCGGAGCUAUAGAGAUUCCAAGCUACCUUUUCUGUUGGUUCAUCAUGGAACGACUCGGCAGGCGUCUCUCGUUGGCGGGUUUCUACAUAUGUGGUGGAGCGUUCUGCCUCAUCACCAUUUUCAUACCCUUGGGCCCAGCACGGGCAGCAGUAGCCAUGAUAGGGAAGUUUUCUGUGACUGGUGCUUUCAACCACAUCUACAUUUACUCGUGUGAAAUCUACCCCACAGUUGUCAGGAGUAUCGGCAUGGGCAUGUCUUCCAUGGUGGGGCGUGUCAGCGGUAUUCUCUGCCCCAUCAUUCUGCUCCUGGGUAAAUACUGGGAACCAUUGCCUCUCUGUGUCUUCGGUGGUAGCUCCUUACUGGCCGGGGUAUUGUCACUGAUGCUGCCAGAAACCUUGGGCUAUGACAUCCCUGACACUAUAGAAGAAGGAGAGAAAUUCGGAAGCAACCAGGGAUUCUAUUUGUGCAACAAGAGCAACCAAAUCGACGACAACACCGCCACCGACACCUCCCCUCCUCCUACCUACUUGCCUCUGUCGACGGGCGACCAAAAAACCGAUGAUGAAGCAGUGUCUGCUUGAGAUCAUCGCUUGUCGAGCCUCAAGUUACUUCAUCUAUGCACAGGCGAACGAAGCUAGAUUCCUCUCGAAUGCACUGCUAUGACAAGUAGAAAGGGUUUUUGUACAGUUGUUUUGGACAGGUUUGUGAAAAUACAGUGGUAUAAUUUAAAUAUUUGCUACUCUGUACGCUGUCAUCCUUGGGAUGGUUCAUAUCCUUUCAAAACAUGGGACAUAGCUCCUCCUCAGCCAUUUUCCAUAUAGUUUAAUGCGGUUUCCAAUGCAUGUCAUCUUUGUAUUGUCAACUUUCUUCCUCGAAUCUAUCCACUUUGUCCUGUCCCAUCCUCUGCCGUGUCUCGGCUCGUGCAUGCAGAGUUAUAAUAACCCGAGUCAUUGACUCGUCCGACUGGAGUCACAUUUGAUGACUCGACUUCCGACGGGUAAAUGACUCGACUCGAGUCACUGAGAGCAAAUGACUUGACUCGACUUGAGUCCCUCAUCAGAAGACCUGACUCCAGUGAAAGUUAUUGAGACUCGAGUCCCAGUUAAAGCAAUUUCUUUGUGCUCAUAAUUAUUUGCAAUAAUGUAAGGUGCUAGUUUAUGUUCAUGUCGUAUUUUAUUAUCAAAGGUAAGAUGCGGCGUGACCAUAAUGUAGAAACCCAGUGAUGAAUUUUGAAAAGGAAUAAAUGACUCUCUCUUGGUUUUAUUUAUUGGAUUGUGUUUAAUAUUGGUGACUUGAAUUGACUCGAGCUAAAUGCAUGCACUUGGUUCAACUCGACUUUUUUGCCUAAUGACGCGACUCCAGUCACCACGUUACAAUGGUUCAACUCGAGGCGAGUCACUACAUUCAGUGGUUCGACUCGAGGCGAGUCACUACAUUCGUGACUUGUUACAACUCUACCUGCAUGUGUGCUUCCAUUUGUUUGGGUGUUUGUUUUCCUGCUUAUUCCUGUUUGUCUGUAUAUGUGUAGGCUGCUCUCAAUAAGCCUCAGUUUGUAUGAACAGCCCCGAACUUUGAAAGUAUCAUUGCUUGUCAAUAAUUUCAGACCCGUCUAUCAUUAUUAUCGUAUCUCUGUAAUUACUUCCUCUCCUUUGGAUCUUCAAUUUUAUCUGUACAAAGUAUAGAAAUAAAUGCUGCUUUUAAAUUGAAUAGAGUCUUUGAGAUAUUGGACCAAUCUUCAUUUUAAUAUAGCCACGCUGAAUGGUUCCACGCAUUUAGAGCCAAAUUAAAUGAAUUAAGUUUAAAUUGUACUGAAAGGUUUCUAAAUGGAAACGGCAUAUUUUUGAACAAUUAAAGACAUUACGGCAUGUACUUUUCACAGUGGUGCGGCGUUUCAACACUAAGGUAUUAUGCGCUACACACGUAAUCUGUUUGGUCACUCGUGUGAAAAAAGGGGGAAUGGCUCGUAACUGUCCUGUUUAACAUUUAUCUGUCAGAGGUCAAAUUCUAUGACUGUCCACGGCCGUAUGAACUGAAAGGCCUUACUGAUGUAAACUGUGUAUCCUUAUGUGUGUAUAGGUGAGGGGCGUACGUGUCCAAGUUUUGAUACGGGGAAGGGGCUGUUUUAGCGAUAGUCCUUUUUUUUAGUCGGUAAGACAGUCAAGACGAGGAAGGUGCUAUGGCACUGCUGUGAUGCUGGCUCUUUCAAUUGUUACAAAGGCAAAAUGUCCCUACCGAGGGUCCUGGUAGGCCAAGUCCACUCCCAAAAAAAAAUGGCACUGAUGCAGCGCUGGUUUGGUAAAGGAUUUAUAUUGGGCUUGUAGAUCUUGUUGUGAAUAUAAUCAUUGGCAUCGUUUGAAAGAAAAAUAAUGUUGAAGGUAUUUUAUGAUUGUUUUAGUUUACGCAGUUUUUUUAUUUGCUGAUAUGAAUUGUUCUGAUUGUUCAUUUCAAUUUUCAGCGUUUUAUUUUUCCAGUAUUUCAUGAUUUUAGCUUGGACAAUUCGUUUCUUUUUAAUUGCUAUUCUAACCUGUCUUUGAGGUUUAUGGUUGCUUCCGUGUUCUGUAUGUAACUAGCUUGCUUCCUUGCUUCUCAUGUAAGUAGAUGUCUUCUAACCUUGUAACAGUCGUUUGUGUAUCUGGCGAACACUAAGUAAACAUAAGCUUUUAUCGGACGAUCUUACCCCAAUAUUUACACCAGUUUUGUGAGCUCAGCAGUUCUUGCGAAACCGAUGUGGUCUGGUAAAUGCAAAGCCAUUAAACGCAUACAUCGCAAAGCGUGCAAAAUCAUUCUUGGUAAUAGAUACAAUGUGCAGUACUCGUCUACAAUACGAGUACUUGGGACUUAAGAGCAUCCUCGCGAGUAGAUGAAAACAGCUGUGUUCCUCCUUCGCCAGGUGUCAGAACUCAGAACUCAGUCAAAUAGUGCCACCUGUGAACUCAUGUAAACACAACACGAAGAGAUUCCACAAUUGAAAAAUCAACCGUCGAACAAAAAGAGCAAAAAAGGUCCACUUCCAUAGCUAACCGACUGAAUGAACACAUAACACUUCCUUUCAUAUUUUAUUUGGGUUUUCCUCUCUCCUUUUGGUCUAUGUUUCAGAUGUUUUGUUCUUGAUUUAGUCGAUUGACGGGCUUGUGUAUCUCGCCCAUUGCUAUUUCUUAAUGUAAUCCUUGUCGCUGUAGGUAAUUAAUAUUCAUGUACGUUUCAGCUUUUUACAUAUCAGAUUUCUCUCGCCUGGCUUUUUUUUAAUCGUAGUUUUUUAUUAGCAAAUAAUUCGUAAGGAAUAUUUUACAAGUACUUUUAUUUUAUCUUUUAAAGAAAUUAACUUAAAUUAGCACAUUGCCGCUGUGACGUUUUCUGCAUUAAACCAUUUCAAUUCGAUUUAGCUUGA